AUGCCCAUUCAGCCAGAGGAGGACCCCGGCCCUUCUUAUACUCGAGAAGAAUCCCUAGAGAUUGAAGUGGGGAGCUCAGACCCAGAGUCAGACUCGGACUUGGACUCAAGUUCAGACGGAGAGAGAUCAAUAAAAUCAACCCGAUCUUGCACAUCGCAAAAUCUCCCCCAUGUGGAGGAAAAUGGUCGCCGAUACUGCGACGAAAACUACUUUAUGCCCAACGACGAAACAGAACUAAGCCGCCUAAACAUCGUCCACCAAAUCUACCUCAUCCUCUUCGAGGGCCGCCUAACUCUAACAACUUUCAAUACCGACUCCCCCCGCAUCCUUGACAUCGGCACUGGUCCAGGCGACUGGGCCAUCGAAAUGAGUGCCGAAUAUCCAAAUGCCACCAUCGUCGCCUGCGACCUGGGGAUCUUCGACUCAGGAAUCGGCCACGUCUCGCUUCCGAAUGUCGACUUUCAACUUGCUGACGCCCAAUCCCAGUGGACGUACCAUGAACCUUUCGAUUUAAUCCACAUCCGUGGUCUUUCUGGGGCCUUCAGGGAUUGGCAUAGUAUCUACCAACAAGCUUUUGCACACCUUAGACCGGGCGGGUAUAUUGAGAUUGCAGAUACUGAUCCUGCAGGGGAUACCGUUGCAGUCACUACCAAUUCGGAUGAGGGGAAUAUCAAUACGCCAAGUUUACGAACUUACGCCUCUGCCCUCCGAGCCUCAGGCGAAAUAUCAGGUUAUCCACGAGAUCUCCAACAUCUCCGCAAAGAAUCACUGUUAGCAGUUGGAUUUGACAAUAUCACCGUCAUCGAGGAAACGUUCCCGGUUGGAUUAUGGCCGGAAGAUAUUCAUGACAAAACACUGGGGAAAAUGGCACUGAUCGCACUCCUGGAAGGCUUGGAGGCCCAUGCGCUUCGUCCGCUUACCAAACUCGCCGGAUAUACACUUGAGGCUGCCAAGGAACUCUGUGAGAAGGUUCAGGAGGAGGUUCUUGCUGCUGAGAAGAUCACCGCUAGAGUGAGGAUUGUCACGGCGAGGAGACCAAUUUCUUUUGAGCAACGAAGAGAUGAGGUUUUCGCCAGGGCUACGGCCAGGGCUAGGAUUUUGAGGGAGGGGAGAGGUGAUUUGUAA